AUGUACAGUGGGCUCUUGCCGAAAGGUUGCACAGAGGAGGACCUUAGUUCGGAUGAUGAAGAGGAGGAUGUGGCGAAAGAGGAAGAUUUGAGUUCCCAACAGCAAAACGCAGCAUCCUCAGUGGAAGUGAUGCCAGGUGUCAGCGCGUCUGAUGUUGGCAGUGAGGCACAGAGCUGUCUACCUGGUAUCUCUCAGGAAAUGUGGCAAAAAUUCAAGGAUCUACAAAAGAAAAGUGAAGAAUCUAAAACAAUUGGAGUCCACAAAAGAAGAAAAAGAAGACGGAAAAAGAAAGGAACAGUGAGCAGCAGUAACCAGCCUGAGGCCAACAGAGAGCAGGAGACGAAGCAGGAGCAGCACUGGGAUGAGCUUAAGCAGUAUUUCGGCUCAAAUGAUCGGUUCCAACCCCCCUCCUGCUUCAAACCCCCUCCCAAGUCCGGCCUAGAAAAGAGCAUAGAGACGGCCAUCGCUGAAGGGGACGUAGCAAAGGCGGAGGAGAUGAGCGACAGCCUUGCCACUCGAGAGCUGGCUGUGAAAAUCGCUCAAGCCGCUGAUUGCCGUGACUACGCCAAACGCAAACAGGAAGAGGAAGCUUUGAAGGCCGCGCAGAAGAGGAAGAAGGAGAUUGCCUGGGGGUUCGAGGCCAAGCAACGAUGGGAGACCAAGAGCAACAUGGGAUUCAUGUGA